GUUAUUUAUCGCGUAAUGGAGACGAAGAAUAGCAGGGAGAGGUAUGGUGCUCUGUCUUACCUAGCGAGCUGCUGUGGUCAUCGUCAGUCCUUCAAAAUCAAAGUGCAACCCGCGGCGAAGGGGGAGGAGUCAGGGAAGCCAGCCGUUGCCAGCACAUCACGUCUCCAGUCACCGCCACACCACCGCUCCGCAACCAUGGAAGGGAAGGCUUUCCUCACCGAAGAAGCUGCCUACAAGAACCUCCAGCAGUACUACGACAGCAAUGGCUCGAAACUCAACAUACUGCAGAUGUUCCAGCAGGACGCGGACCGGUUCAAGAAGUACAGCCUGACUCUGAAGACCCCCAGCGAUGGAGACAUCCUCUUCGACUACAGCAAGAACCGCAUCAACAGUGAGGUUAUGAAGCUUCUGAUGGAUCUGGCACGCGCUCGCAAGAUUGAGGCUUCCCGGGAUGCCAUGUUCUCUGGGGAAAAGAUCAACUUCACGGAGGGUCGCGCCGUGCUGCACAUCGCACUGCGCAACCGAACCAACACCCCAAUCAUGGUGGACGGGCAGGACGUGAUGCCCAACGUGAAUGCCGUGCUAGCCCACAUGAAGGACUUCUGUGGCAAGGUCAUUUCCGGCGAGUGGAAGGGCUACACAGGCAAGGCCAUCACUGACGUGGUGAACAUUGGCAUCGGAGGGUCUGAUCUUGGCCCCCUCAUGGUCACCGAGGCCCUCAAGGCAUACGCUGUUGGCCCCAACGUGCAUUUUGUGUCCAACAUUGAUGGCACACACAUGGCCAAGACUCUCAAGUUGCUGAAUGUGGAGACAACCCUCUUCAUCAUCGCCUCCAAGACCUUCACCACGCAGGAGACCAUCACCAACGCUACCUCAGCCAAGAACUGGUUCCUCGACACUGCCAAGGAUCCUGCAGCAGUUGCCAAGCACUUCGUUGCCCUGUCCACCAACGCCCCCAAGGUGAAAGCAUUUGGCAUCGAUGAGGCUAACAUGUUUGGCUUCUGGGACUGGGUGGGCGGUCGCUUCUCCCUGUGGUCCGCUAUCGGCCUGUCCAUCGCCCUCCACAUUGGUUAUGACAACUUUGAGAAGCUCCUCGCUGGUGCUCACUUCAUGGACAACCACUUCAAGACGGCUCCCCUCGAGCAGAACAUUCCAGUGAUCUUGGCCUUGCUGGGAGUGUGGUACCAUAACUUUUACGGUGCCGAGUCACACGCCAUGCUGCCCUACGACCAGUACCUGCACCGCUUUGCUGCAUACUUCCAGCAGGGAGACAUGGAGUCCAACGGAAAGUUUGUGACUCGCAGUGGCCGCACCGUGCAGUACACUACAGGACCCAUUGUGUGGGGCGAGCCAGGCACCAACGGGCAGCACGCCUUCUACCAGCUGAUCCACCAAGGCACACGGCUCAUCCCUGCUGACUUCAUCGCUCCCGCCAAGUCCCACAACCCCAUCGCCGACAACCUCCACCACAAGCUCCUCCUGGCCAACUUCCUCGCCCAGACGGAAGCUCUCAUGAAGGGCAAGACUCAGGCGGAGGUGGAGGCUGAGCUGCAAAAGGCCAACACACCGGAGGACCAGAAGAAGCGCAUCCUCCCACACAAGGUAUUUGAGGGGAACCGUCCCACCAAUUCCAUCAUGGUGGAACGCAUCUCCCCCUUCACCCUGGGCGCCCUCAUUGCCAUGUACGAGAUGAAGAUCUUCACUCAGGGCAUCAUCUGGGACAUCAACUCCUUCGACCAGUGGGGUGUUGAGCUUGGCAAGCAGCUGGCCAAGGCUAUCGAACCCGAGCUCCAGGACAAGAACCCAGUCUCCUCACACGACGCCUCCACCAAUGGCCUCAUCAACUUUAUCAAGCAGCACCUCUAAGGGCACCUGAGGACUGCCUUCUUUGUCCCAGUGGUUGUGGCGGUUGACUCUCUGUCUCGCGUGCAAUACUUGUAUGGGAAGUCUGCGUGACUUUUAUUUUGUAAAGCAUCGUGUUUCGUGUAUUCCUACCAUUUCAGGUUCUCUUUGAAAGACACUACGAGUUUAAUAUCAAGGGAAGUGGAUCCUAUUGGCCACUCACAGCAGGAUUGUUGUGGGUCUUGUAUUUAACAUCCUUAGUGGAGGAAACCCAUGAGUCAAAAGUAAGACUCAUUUGUCAUGAUUACUUAUUGAUACAAACCACUUGUAUAUUUCAUUAUGUCCUGAAGGUGAGAGAGAAAGAGUGAGAAAUUAAACUGCAAGAGUGCGAUCUCUGUGCAGUAUAAACUAAACAAGCAAUGAUUCAUGUUAUUUCGAGAGAGAGAGAGAGAGAGUGAAUGGAACUGCUGGAGUGAGAUCUUUGUGCAGUAUAAACUUUGGGUAACAACUGUAUGCAAUCAAGAGAGAGAAAGAGUGAAUGGAACCAAGUGUGUGAUCAUUGUGCAGUGUAAACUCCAUUUUGCUAUAAGGAGUGGUUGCUAUGGUAAUGUGCUUGAGUGUAGAAGAGCUCUGUGUUGUCUUGUAGUCCUAUGGUGUGGUGGCAUGAGUCUAUGGGUGUCUUAGUCUUCAGUGAGUCUCUAUAAGUCUUCAGUGAGCCUCAAUAAGUCUUCAUUUAGUCUCCAUAGACAUGCUUGGCUCCAACAUGUGAUUUUCUUUUCUGAUGCAUCAAAAUUCAGUUGGCAGGUUAUCUGAGGCUAGACAAAGGUGUAUGAUAGUACAGUAAAUCAGUAUGUUUAGAUUUGUUUAGCACAGAUUGCAGCAUUCCUUGGUUAUGUACACUGCAGAUGAGGUGCCCCCGGUGUGUAGUGUGAACUAUAAUAAUUGGUUAUGAUAGUAGUUUAUGAAUUGGUACAGUGUUAGCAUAAUAUAUAAUUUAUAUACUCACACACACACACACACACACACACACACACACACACACACACACACACACACACACACACACACACACACACACUUAAAUACACACAGACAUACACACACAUUUCACAUAAGUUGAUGAUGAAUAUUGCCAUUGCAUGAAAUUAUCUGCAUUUAUACACCAAUUUUGUACACAUAUAGAGUUCUAUUUAUCAGUGAAUUAUAAAGUAUCAGAAAUGAACAAAUUGAUAAUCA